CCCUUUUUAGAAGAAAGACAAUAUUUAUCAUUUGUUUUCCUAAGUCCGACACCUGGCAGGAAUGGGCACGGGAAACUGCUCCAGUGUGACCGAGUUCAUUCUCCUCGGAUUCGCAGAAGCCCCUGAGUUGAGAGUCGCCCUCUUCUCUGUGUUCCUUCUCAUCUAUGGAGUCACGGUGCUGGGCAACCUGGGCAUGAUGGCAGUGAUUCAGGUCAGCUGUCACCUUCACACUCCCAUGUACUUUUUCCUCAGCCACUUGUCCUUUGUGGACUUUUGCUACUCCACCGUCAUCGUGCCAAAUGUGCUGUCCAGUAUCUUAAACAAGGGCAAAGCCAUCUCCUUCCUGGGAUGCAUGGUGCAAUUCUAUUUCUUUUGUGCCUAUGCAAUCACUGAGGUCUUCCUUUUGGCUGUGAUGGCCUAUGACCGCUUCGUGGCCGUCUGCAACCCACUGUUGUACACGGUCACCAUGUCCCGGAAUCUCUGUGUGGAGCUGGUGUCUUGUUGCUACCUGUGUGGGAUGGUGUGUUCUCUGAUCCACUUGUGUUUAGCUCUUGAGAUCCCAUCCUACACAUCAAAUGUGAUUGACCACUUCUUCUGCGAUCUGCCCCCUCUCUUGUCCCUUGCUUGCUCUGAUGUCACUAUGAAUGAACUCAUGGUGUUCAUUGUGGCCACCUUCAAUGAGAUCACCACCAUCGUGAUCAUCCUCACCUCCUACUUGCUAAUUCUCAUCACCAUCCUGAGGAUGCACUCUGCCAAGGGAAGGCGCAAAACCUUUUCCACCUGUGCCUCCCACCUCACAGCCAUCCUUGUCUUCCACGGAACAAUCCUUUUCACUUACUGCCGGCCCAGUUCUGGCAACAGCGUGGAUACUGACAAGGUGGCCACGGUGUUCUACACUGUAGUGAUUCCCAUGCUCAACCCCCUCAUCUAUAGCCUCCGGAACAAGGAUGUGAAGGAAGCACUCAAGAAAGUGUUGGGAUCUAGAUUACCUUUUGAAAAACUAUUUUCUUAACUAGACUCAGAGUCUAGUCUCUCAUCAGAGACUUUAAUGACGGGCUGGAUUUGGGUGGGUGUGAAUGGAAAAGUAAAGUAAGGAAAUAAAACUUGGGGACUCUGCAUGCUGUUUUGUUUUCCACUUGCUUAUCUAAUUAAGCCAUAUAAUAUCUUUUAUGGAUAAUUUAAAUACACCUUUUAUGGGACCAUAUCUGUGUUAUUCUUAUAUCAGUAGUGUAGCUUUGCAAUUAAUUGUUAUGCAAAAAUAUUUUCCAAAUGGUUCAACAUGAUAAAACUUUAGAAUAACUCUGUGUAAAUUUUUCUAAAGGAGAAUAGUUGAGA